ACGUAACCGCUCCCAGGAUUUCAGUUUACAAGAGAAUCCGGAUUUUAUUUAUUAGCCUGAUAGAAGAUACAUGGGCCGGGUCCUGACAUUAGAGCUCUGUAUAUCUGUCAGUCUUUGCAUGGACAGCUCCUGGGAUGAUGAUAAACAGACAGCUCCUGCCAUAUCCCAGGCAUUGAUUUACAACCCCUCCGCCCCCCGUCUUCGGCUUCAAAAGUCUCCAUGAGACCCCAGUGGGAUUCCAGCAGAGAUCCUGAAGCACCAUGGACAGAGACCUCUCCACUCCCUUCUGUGCUGGCCUCCUGGCUCUACUACUGAUGGUUCAACUUCAGGCAGUGCAUGGAAGGAGUUUCCUGAUUCAAGAAAACCAGCUGGCUCCUGGAAGAGACGUCACAGAUUUCCAAGACAAGCUUAUAGCUCUGCUACUGCAGAAAGGGGUGUCUGGCAAGUCUGGAAGAAGAUCUGAGAUCAAUGAUCUGGAGCUGGCAAGCAAGCUAGCAGAGCUGGAGCAGUUGGCAGCACUGAGAGAAAAGCUUGACCUGGAGAAGCAGCUGGACUCCAAUGCAAUAGGAAUGGAAUCAGCACACCCGAGUAAAAGAGCUUGCUUCUGGAAGUACUGUGUCUGAGAUCUGGAACCUUUCCAAUCACCCCAGCAAUGUGUCACCCUCAAUAUCAGAGUGUAAUAUAUAUAUAUAUAUAUAUAUAUAUAUAUAUAUAUAUAUAUAUAUAUAUACACACACACACACACAGCUGCAGAAAGGGUCCAUUUCAAACAUGUAUGCUGAGAGUGUUCAAACAGUUCAGCGUUCAAACACAUAAAAGCAGGUGUUAUAUCAAAACCAUCCAUAACUACAUUGUAUCUAAACUAGCAAGAUAUAAAAUUGAAAAGAAAAAUAGUUAUCAGGGAUCACAUGUACAGUAUUUUACUUUAUUUUAACAGGAAAACUGUGUGCAUACUUUCUGACAAAACAAACCCUUGUUUUCAAUCCUGUAAAUUGUAGCUUCUUAUUAUAUUAAUACUAAAUCUAUUGACUAUUCUAUUAUGUGUGCCUCUGUACAACCCUUUGUUUUGUCCUGCUACCAGUAUGCUAUAUGACUGGUUUCACUUAUAUUGGAUUACCUUUCACAAGGUAGCAUUGGUGGUAAUCAAGAUCUGUGAAACCAGCCUGCAGUUUCAAAUGAUGUCAUUAAACUCCAUAAAAAUGCUGUAUGUAUCUAAUUUGAAAAUAAAACAAUGUACAAAGAAUUGAAUUUACUUUUACUGGAUGUCUUGAUAUUUAUUUCUCAUAACAGCAGACAGUUCUAACUGCUUUCAUCACUCCCUUCCAGCACUUCAUUAUUAUAUACAUAAUACAUUAUAUACUAUACAUAAUUUGUUUACAAUGAGCUUCCUACAGUAUGUAUUCACUCUUCCAACCCAAAGCACCUAGAGCCCUAACCACUAGCGCUCCACUCAUGAGUUUACAAGGAAUCUGUGACACGU